AUGGAGUUAUUGGGCUCAGUCUCCCUCCUCUCCUCCCCCUCUCCGACCUACACCAUCCCACUCCUUAACCUCUCCCUCCCGUCCACCUCUCCCUCACUCUCUCCAUCCCCGAGCACAGCCUCCACCGCUCUCUUCUGUUUCCUGCUCUCCCUCCUGUCCCUGCUGGGGAUUGUGGGUAAUCUGUACACCAUCGGACUCCUCCUCAGUCGCCGUAGGGGUGGGCGGCGGAGACAGCCGGGGUGGCCAUGCUGUCUGGGUCACUCCUGCCUGGGCUCUUCGUCCUCCUCCCCCUCCCUCUCUCCCUCUUCCUCUCCCACCACCUCCUCCUCUUCUUCCUCGUCGUCUCUGCACCUCCAGGUGUUGAGUCUGGCCCUGGCAGACCUGCUGUACCUGUCCACCGCCCCUUUCAUUGUGUACGAUAGCCUGACAGCCGACUGGGCAUUUGGGGAGGUGGGCUGCCGGCUCCUGCUCAGCCUGGACCUGCUUACCAUGCACGCCAGCAUCUUCACCCUCACCGCCAUGAGCAUGGACCGGUACCGGGCGGUGGCCGACCCACUGGUGGCAUCGGUGUCGCCCUCCUCAGGCCUGGUGCGCGUGGUGCUGGCGUGGGGCAUGGCCGUGGCUCUCAGCCUGCCCAUGAUGAUCACCCUGCACCUGGAGGACGGGGGGACCCAGAUGCUGUGUGUGCCGGCGUGGGACGAGCAGAGCUCCAAGGCCUACCUGAGCGUGCUGUUCUGCACCAGCAUCCUGGCCCCGGGGCUGGCCAUCGGGGGGCUGUACACCGCGCUGGGCUGCCUCUACUGGAAGUCCCAGAGCCAGGCGGCGUGGAACUCCAGCAGCACCUACGCGCCACGAGCGCCGCGGCCCAAGGUGCUGCUGCUCAUCCUGGGCAUCGUGCUGGCCUUCUGGGCCUGCUUCCUGCCCUUCUGGAUCUGGCAGCUGCUGCCGCUCUACCGGCCGGACUUGCUGCCAUCGGUGCCGACCAGCACGCAGGUCACGGUGAACCGCAUCCUGACGGGUCUGACCUACGGUAACUCCUGCGUGAACCCGUUCUUCUACACACUCCUUACGGGCAAGCGCAAGAGAACCAGGCAGACCCUAAGCUCCAGCGGCCCCCAAUGUCACAAGACCAGUUCCAUACGCUAAUGCAGAGCAGACCAGUUCCAUACAGAGCAGACCACAUGAACAUGCUAACACAGAACGUACAAGCUACACAUCCUAACACAGAAUGGCCCAGCUCCAUAUGCAAACACAGAACAGACUAGCUAUAUACGGUAACACAGAACAGACUAGCUACACACACUAGUUACUACACACACAGAACAGACUAGCUAUGUACGCUUACACAGAGCAGACUAGCUACACACACUAGUUACUAUACACACAGAACAGUCUAGCUAUGUACAGUAUGCUAGAACAUAGUGG